AUGGGCACUUCCUCCAGCUCUAAUAAGAUCGGUAUCGCUGAAGAAAGUACAUCCGAGCCUGAAGCUACCGCAAUCAACCUGAGGAUUUCGAGGAGAUUUAGCAAGUACCCAAAGAUCCCCUACGACACCUAUGUCAAAGCCAUUCUCUGUCAGACUUCAAAGGAGCUCCUGGAGUUUGGGCAGCGUGUACCCAAGAGCUCGACCUUUUCACCAUCAAGCUUGAAUGCCACCACUGCAGCCGGAGAGGUAUUGCAUGCCUUCCAGAAGACGCAGACCAUCUUCGAUGCAAGCCAUGCCAAGGAUUGGGAUGAAUGA